CAUAUUAUAGUAUGUGCGAUUUUUGUCUUUCUGUUCGAUUUGAAAUUUGAGAGAGUGUGCAACUUGCGUCGCUCACUGUGUAACAAGGUCUAAUAUUGAAGAUUUCAUUUUUUCGUUUUCCGUUUUUAUUUAACGCAAUGGUUAUUUCAAUAGCAAUCUUCUACCAUCACCUUUAAUAGUACAAAACUAAUUUUAACUUAAAGGCAAAYUACACAGACAAAAUCUACACUUGUAUCGGCUGUCUUUGGAAACUAGAAGUUUUACUAUCUUGCGUCGAUUGCUKUUUCUUCAGUGAUCCCAGGCGCGUAAUACCAGUCACUGUUUUCAUAAAUAUUGUUUACAUUUUUGGAAGGUUAUUGCUUGAAUCAUGAGUGGACGAUUAAACGCUUUAUUUGGUUAUUUUAUUUUUAAAAUCUAAAUAUCUUACUGGUGAAGAAACACUGUAAAAACAUCAACUCAAGACCUUGUUUCUUCAUAAAAAGGUCAUGUGGAUCACGUGUUUCCUGUUUCUUGCGGCAUCGCAAGGGAUUGUUCAAGGUUAUGAGUAUAUUGGCGAUUCUGUAGACGAGAUGUAUCGUGAUCUUGACAACUGGCGUCACAAGAGUCAUAACAAUGGUCAUUUCCAUCAACGAUUGAAUUCUCAACCAGCAAAAAAGCCAGCCAGCCCAACGGUAUCAGCCGCUCAUUAUGCGCUCAAAGCAGCUAAAGUCGCCGUUGAGGUCAACGCUGUAUAUAAACAAAUCAAAAUUUUAGUCGGAAAGGCCGCGAUGCUUAAUAAACAAGCUGCCAUCUACGCCAAGCUMGCCGCRCAUGAGGCGGAAAAAGCCGCAACUCGAUCAGCGGCUCACAUUUCUAAAAUACCCGGAACAAGCGCUUCGUCAGGUAGCUCGGCUGCUGCUGCGGCGGCGGCAGCGGCUGCUGCAGGGAAGGCAGCGGCCAAGGCUGUUGCAAAGGCUGGUGGUAGCCCCGCUCAGGCAGCAUUAGCAAAGAAAGCUGCCGCAGCKGCGGCUGCAAAAGCGGCGGCAGCUGGUAAAAAGCCUGGGUCUGCUGGGUCGGCUGCAGGAGGUGCUAAAAAGCCAGGAUCUUCAUCAGGAGGCGCAAAACCAACAAGUAGCCGUCCUCAGCCCACAGGAACAUCUGGGCCUUCUGGGUCUUCUGGAUCGUGUGGUGCAAAGAGUUUCAUGAUAGAGCUUCGUUUCGCUACUCUGAAAUUCGCAGAUUAUUACCAAAACAUGCAGCACAAAGAGUCCAGGAGGCUGGAAUUCGCUGUUUGUCAACAAGUGAGAAAGGUUUACGCAAGCAAAGGCGGGCUUUGCAYCUGUGAUGUUGUGGCUUUCAGGAAGGGCAGUGUCUUGGCGUUGAUGCAACUGAAGUUCACAAAAGCAGCCAAAGAUCCUCUUCAAAAAAUUAAAGACGCUCUCAAAAAGAAGGCCAUUAAAGUUGGGKCACAUGUGGCAGAUUCAAAGCCUAACAGCGUGUUUGCUGUAAAAGGAGUGGGAUCUACAGCCUGCAAACCAUGCAAUACAAAACUUGCYCCYGGAGUUAAGAUGGUGAAACAAGGGUCUUGUCCAACUGGUUACUGCGCAACGCUCAUGCUUAACCCAUCUCAAAUCAUGCAAGCCGCUGCACCCGUCCAACAACCUGCGCCUGCAACUUCCUAUAGCUACGCACCCCAGCCCGCUCAGUCAAUGUAUGGUACAACCUCAUGUCACCCAAUGUGCCAACCCAGGCCUCCUCAAUACUCAUGCAACCCACAAUGCCCUCCAACUUGUUGCCGAUCGGGCUGAUGGGUACUAUUACAACAAUAKAUUCAACAAUGGUUCACGUGGUAUCAUUUUGGCCAAUGAGAGAUGAACAUUAACUUUUACUACUUUUACUGCAAUAUAGAUUGGGUUGUUUUUUUAAAUUAACACGGUUUUGACCUUGAAUAGACUAGGCGAAGGUAUAGUCCAUGAGGACGAGAAGUCUUAUUUUUUUUGCGAUAUGUUAACCACCUAAUGCAAUACAUAGUGCACUUCAGUCAAGGUACUAGCAUUCUAACCACGUAAAUCACUAAACAACUGUUAAGAGCAUUGCCUAUUCUCGUAAUAGAAAGCGCCCCUAUAAGGCCGUUCACAUACAAAAGGAUGCCAUUUUAUAGCAAGGUCUAUAUUGGGACCACAACGGAAAAAAAUAUUGCUGCUUGAUAGGGAACCCCUUCUUACAUGCCAAUGACCCCAUGGACGGAAUGCUCGAAUGCCGUAUCGUUCUUUAGCUGAAAAACUUCCGGUUCAACGAAAAAUAGUAAUUUUGAAGUCAAUGUUGAUUUAUAGGAAAGCUAGGUUUUUCUGGUGUAUACAGCYAAUUCAAUGAGUGUUGAUAAUUUGAAACUGGUCGAUCUAUUGCCAAACUGGAACAGGACUCAUUUGUAAGAAAAGGUCUAAUUGAAUUCGAAGUUAAAGAGCGAUCUUGCGUAGUUUUUCUUUGGGGUCAGUCGGUCUCAGAUCAAUUUUACUCGGUUCCAGAUUAUCAACAUUGCUUGAAACUAUUGGAUAGAUAUCUAAUAAUAGUAUGAUAAAGAUAUUCGCUUAUAAAACUAAAUUUGUGGAAAGAUAAAAUAAAACGAAUAUACGUAUU